AGGAGGUUUCAUUUCUCGACCGCUUGGAGACCAUGUACUUCGACCAACAAAUCGGGGCGUUUACAAUUGCAGGUUAUGCGACUUGUUUUGUGGAUGGUGAGGACUUUGAUGCCGACGACUCAGAAGAAGAGAGUGUUGAUGGCACUUUGCAAGCGGAAUUGGCAGCUGAGAGGCAAAGAGCUUGUAGCCCAGGUUCGCAGAGAAUGGGUGUUCCAGGCACAUUGUCCGGUUCUGGAGGAGCUUCGAGCAUGGUGGUUUCAACGGGUCAGUUAAUGACUCAGCCGCCGACUUUUUCUAUUGUUACGCUGACUCGGAUGGCGGGCAAUACGAUGACGGUGGCAUCCGGAGGCAGUCUGGAUCUGAGUGUUCAAGCAAUGCUCUCCCAAGAGUUGGUGGCAACUCUGGCACCAUUUGCACACAGCCCAAGUACUAUUAUGGAAUUGCUUCCAGGGCCUAUGGAGUACGAUUAUGCACAACAACCUCCACCUGAUGAGCCUUUGGAGUACGAGAUUGGAGACACAAUCCUUGCAGACAUUCGACUGCUUCCAGGGCCUAUAGUGUGCCGAGACGAUUAUACGGCGACGGAUGAUGCCACAUGGGGUCAUCACAUUAUAUGGCACCCCCAACACUUCCAACCUGCACUGGCGAGAGGGAGGUGGGUUAUGGCUAUAAAAGAAGAAAGGGAGUGGCAGUUUUGCCUCCACAGACGUAUGUCAAGAUCGAACUUUCUGAAACAUGCCAAAAAUCAGAUUGCCAAGCGACUCCAGCGUCUUAAUCCGGAGAUUUCUCAAUCAAGACUACAUGAAAGAACAGAAGAAAUUUUCCAAGAGUUUAAAACAUCGCAGUGGCUUGAGUAUCUGGAAGAGUUCUAUGAUAGACAAACCAGCCCGGCUUAUGGAUAUUAUUGGCAUGUCAGAGAAGAUCUUGGGGACAGGAAAAAAUUAAGCGGCGGUGGUGACCAUGGCAAGGGAUCCGGAUCGAGCGGAGGUGCACAUGGCAAAGGAUUGCGAUCAGGGAGCGGUGCAAGUGACAAGGGUACGAAACCGAAUGACGGUGCAAGUGGCAAAGACGCAAGUCGUGGGGAACGGCAACAAACCAAAAAGUCUAAGGGGCGUCAAGCAACAAAAGGCAAGGGAUCAGCACCAAACGGCGAUGGGCAUGGCAAACCUACAGGACCAAGCGGCGGUGGUUCAACUCUCGAAGGGUCUCAGGGGCCUCAAGAAACAGAGCGCAAGGGAUCAGGAUCGAGUGGUGGUUCAACUGUCGAAGGGUCCCACGGUCGAGUCGAACACGACAGUGGCCUCGCAUUGGAGCGUUCCCGGCUUGAUCGAGCGAAGAGUCACACGGUCGAGUCGAACCCGACAGUGGGAUCGGAAACGAUCGCCGGUGCGACUGGCAAGGCUUCGGGACCUCGAUCGGAAACGAUGGCCGGUGCGACUGGCAAGGCUUCGGGACCACGGGGGGGCAGUACAACUAUCGGCGGUGCUUCACCUGUCAAAGAGUCACGCGGUCGUGUCGAACACGACACUCGUCCAGCAGUCACUGUCGAGUCGAACCCGACAGUGGGAAUGGGAUCAAUCGUCGGUACAAAUGGCAAGGCUUCGGGACCAAUCGACGUUGUUUCACCUGUCGAAGGGUCACACGGUCGAGUCGAACACGACAGAGGUCCACUAUUGGAGCGCUCCCAGCUUGACCGAGCGGAGAAACUCGUGGUUGAGUCCAACCCGACACAGCAACGGGAUCGAUUGUCGGUGUGAGUGUCAAAACUUCGGGACGAAAAGGCGGUGUGAGUUGCGAGGGCGUGAGUACAGCUGACCAAGUUUGGGCGACUACAAUACUAGUGGGCGAUAGUGUCGCGAUGGAAGUGGAUAUUACUGGUACACUCACGGAAUUGUAGAUGCCGUCGUCAACGAUGAAGGUCGAAGUAAGCGGCACUUUCCAAGACACUUUUGAGGGUAUCAAGGAGGAAGAAACUCUCCAUGUACAGGGCAUCGAAGAGGAUGAAGGACAUAUAGUACUAAGUACACCGGAGCAAGUUGUACUUGUACAACCUCAACAAACGCUUGAACAACCU